AUGCCACCCCCUGGAUUCGGUGGGCCCAAGCCUUUCGAUCCUCUUCCUCCUCCACCCCGCCCCCAGCCCAAGAAGGAGGCCCAGAAGAAGAAGGAGGGGAACAAGGGUGGAAACGUGUUCGAGACGGCAACCUCCAAGGCCACGACCCAGGUGGAGCCAACCAAGACCGUUAACCUCAAGGAGCAGAUCCGGCAGAAGGCCACUCCCUCGGUCAAUGCCGAGUUUGCCAACGACAAGAACGUCAACAAGGUCAUCAACGUCGAGCAGGGCGAGUCUGCCGUCGGGCCUGCUGGCAAGGGUGGUAUGAGUCAGGCCACUGGCGCGGCCGCUGCCAACGCUCUCUUCUUCCCCGGCGGCGUCAUGCCUAUGGGCAACGUCGACAUGGUGUUCCCCGACAUUGUGAUCAACAACGCCAACGACAUCAAUAACGCCAACGAGAAUCAGAAUCAAGUCGCCGCUGCCAACGAGAACGCGAACAUCAAUCCCAACAACGCCGCGAACCAGAACGCCAACCAGAACUUCAACGAGUUCACUGAGGUUAAGGAGUUCAAGGAAUUCAACGAACAGCAGUUCGCUGAGAACCACUUCAACUUCGAGGAGAAGAAGUUCUUCCUCAUCAACGCUGGUGCUGAGACGGUCGCUGUUCCUGUCACUAUUACCAAUACGGUGUUGCAUACCGAGGUCGUGGCCGGAGAGACUCACGUUGUUGAGGUUCCGGUCACUCGGACCAUCAUUCAGCAGGAGCAGGUCAUCUACCCUGCUGAGACGGUCUAUGAGCGCAUCCAGCUUCCUGGCGAGACCAUCAUUGAAGAAGUUCACCUGCCCGGUGAGACUUACCACCACACCGUCCAGCUCCCCGGCGAGACUAUCAUUCACGAAGUCGUGCACCCCACCCAGACAGUGAUCGAGGAGUACCACCACACCGUCCAGCUCCCGGGUCAGACCAUCGUCGAGCAGAUUCAGCUCCCCGGUACGACCGUGUAUGAGCAGGUUCAGCUCCCCGGUGCGACCAUUGUGGAGAAGGAGUACAUCUCUGAGAGGGUUGAGGUUCCCGUGACUAAGGUCGUUGAGGUCCUCCAAACUAUCACUGAGAAGGUCCCCGUUACCCACACUGUCAUCAAUGAGAUUCUUGUCUCCGGUGAGAUCGUUGAAGUCCCUGUCACACGCGUGGAGGAGAUAUACAUCUCUAAGGAGGUUGAGGUCCCCGUGACUCGUAUCGAGGAAGUUUACGUUUCCGAGAGGGUUGAGGUCCCAAUCACAAAAACCGAAGUCCACGAAAUCUUCAUCUCCGAGAAGGUCCCCGUCACAUACACGGUCACCGAGGAGAGAAUCAUUGCCGGACAGGUGGUCGAGGUCCCCGUCACCAGGGUGGAGGAGAUCUAUGUCUCCCAGAACGUGGAGGUCCCGGUCACUCUCCCUAUCACUCGCGAAGUCCUGCUCCCUGGCGUUGAAGUCCCAGUCUACCGCACUGCUAUUGAGCGCGUUGAGAUCCCGGUUCCUGUCCCACAACCCACUGAGGUCUUCGUCACCAAGGAGGUUGAGGUCGUCCGUGAGGUUGCCGGCGCUGCCGUUACCGUGACUGAGGCUGUUGAGUUUGCCGUCCCCGUCACUGUUGAGCGC